GGGUCACAAACUUCUUCAGGCUUGGGCCAUGGAGAGGCUCCUAUCCCUGCCUGUCUCUCGUCUCACCUCCCAGCUCCUGGGUGUUAUUUUUUUUCCCCUGCCCUCUCCUCUUUUCCUUCCUUCUCCCCUUCUCCAGGGCUGGGCUGGACUCAAGUAAGGGGAGGGUUAACCUUGUCUCCCUCCUCCCCCUGUUCUCCAAGGGGCCAGUGCAGGCCACAUAGCAAAGACACUCUGGGCAGCUGGGUGAAGGCAGGCAGGCCUUUCUGCUUCACGGUCAGGUUUCUGGAAGCGCCUUCUCGCUCCUGUCUGCUUUCCUAUCCUGAGAACUUUCUGUUGCUCUUCCUGAGCUGGUAGCCACGGCAGGGGGCUGUGGCCUGUGGGCCCUACAGAGAUGUUCAGUGCUUGGGAUCGCCGGGACCGGCCCCCUGAAGAAGCGCCAGCUUCAGGGCUCCACGGCUUCACCAUGGACAAGACCUUCCUCUCUUCCCUCAAAGGCAUCCUGCUGGAAACGGAGCUGGCCCUGACCUUCAUCAUCUUCAUCUGCUUCACGGCUUCCAUUUCUGCCUACAUGGCCGCAGCACUGCUGGAGUUCUUCAUUACACUUGCCUUCCUCUUCCUCUAUGCCACCCAGUACUACCAGCGCUUCGAUCGACUUAACUGGCCCUGCCUGGACUUCCUCCGCUGUGUCAGUGCCAUCAUUAUCUUCCUGGUGGUCUCCUUUGCUGCUGUGACCUCCCGGGAGGGAGCUGCCAUUGCUGCUUUUGUUUUUGGUAUCAUCCUGGUUUCUGUCUUUGUCUACGAUGCCUUCAAGAUAUAUCAGACUGAAAUGGUGUCCAGGCCCACUGAGGGAGACCAGCAGUGACUCUGAAGCUACCUGGCUCUGAAGCCCAGUUGGACACAGGAGACUACAGAGCUCAGACACAGCUCCUUGUAUUCACAGAACACCCAGCCCACAGUCCCCCACACCUGGCUGAGAAGUCACUGAGGAUGUAUCUGUGGAGCCUGGUGCUGUGAGAUCUGGCCUCUGAUGAGGU